CUCAGAAAAUUAUCAUGGAUUCCUGUAACAAUAAUUGUGUUUUUAUUUUGCUCUUGUUGCUUACCUUACUAAUAAAUCAUUUAUGCCUAUGCAAAGCAUCUGAUCAAGUUCUUUGCAUUUCAAGUGAGCAGCAAGCCCUUCUUAAUUUCAAGAAUCAUCUUCUUGAUCCAUCAAGUAGGCUCGCCUCAUGGUCCAAGGACACAAAUUGUUGCAAUUGGACAUCAAUUGUUUGUGAUGAUGUAACUGGCCAUAUUCUUCAACUUCAUCUCAAAACUUCACCACCUUCCUAUUAUUAUUAUGGUAAUCAUAUGGCAGGGUUUGGUGGUGAAAUACAUCCUUCAAUACUUGGUUUGAACCAUUUGAGAUACUUGGACUUGAGUGGCAAUGACUUUGGUGGUAUGCAAAUUCCAAGCUUCCUUGGCUCAAUGAAGAGUUUGACAUACCUUAACCUCUCUUAUGCAAGAUUUAGUGGAAGCAUUCCUCAUCAAAUAGCAAAGCUCUCCAGUUUGAUCUAUCUUGACCUUGGAGGUAAUUCUUUCACUGGACCAAUUCCUCAUCAAAUUGGGAAUCUUUCUAGCCUACUUUAUCUUAAUCUUGAUGGGGGUUAUCAUUAUGAUGACAUGGAUGGGAUAUCAUUGUUUCCAGAAAAUCUUCAAUGGCUUUCAUCCCUUUCUUCCCUCAAAUAUCUACAAUUAAGUGAUGUGAAUUUAUCUAAUGCAUUUGAUUGGUUGCAUGUUUUGCAAUCAAUUGCCUCAUUGACAGAGUUACACUUGACACGGUGUACUCUUCAUCAUGAUUUUGAUCCAGCCAUAGUGACUAACUUUACAUCUUUGGCAAUUCUUGAGCUUUCAAAUUCUUAUGAUUUUGGAGCCUCUUCCUUUCCAAAGUGGAUUUUUCAACUAAAGAAUUUGGUUUCUCUUAAAUUAAGCAAUAAUAAUUUGCAAGGUUCCAUCCCAAAUGGUAUUCAAAACCUCACUCUCAUUGAAGAUCUUGAUUUAUCAUAUAAUUUGUUUAAUUCUUCUAUCCCUGUUUGGUUAUAUAGUUUGAAUCAUCUCAAAUCUCUUAAUCUCCAUAAGAACAACUUGCAUGGAACAAUUUCAUAUGCAAUUGGGAACUUGACUUCUUUAGUUACUGUUGCUUUAUCAAAUAAUCAGCUUGAAGGGCCAAUUCCAAGCUCUUUAAGGAAUCUUUGUAGCUUAAGAAGCGUCUCUUUCUCAAACAUAAAAUGCAAUCGACAAGUUUCUAAAAUAUUGGGAAUAAUUUCAGGAUGUGCUUCACACUCACUGGAGAGUUUGUCUGUAUUUAGUUCAAAACUAUAUGGUCAUUUGACAAACCAAAUUGGGAUUUUUAAAAAUCUAGUUUAUCUUGAUCUUUCUGACAAUUCUAUUCAAGGUGAAAUUCCUAAAUCUUUAAGAAAUCUCACCUCUUUGAAUCAUCUUUAUCUUGAUGACAAUCAAUUCAGUGGGAAUCCUUUUGAGGUGAUACAAUCCCUUGUAACAAUACAAGAACUUGGAAUUAGCAAUAAUCUUUUUCAAGGAGAGGUAAAUGAAGAUCACCUUGCCAAUUUGACCAAGCUAUAUGGAAUUUCUGCAUCAAGAAACAAACUCAAUUUAAAAGUGGGUCCCAAUUGGAGUCCUCCUUUUAAAAAUUUGAAAUUUUUGGAGAUGGCCUUUUGGAAUUUAGGUCCCCAAUUUCCAUCAUGGGUGCAUUCACUCAAAGGUCUUGAAAUGUUGUCCAUACCCAACAAUAACAUCUCCGAUUCCAUCCCCAAAUGGGUUUGGGAUGCAUUUCCCAAUGCUUUUUAUUUUAAUUUCUCUAACAAUUACAUCCAUGGAGAGCUUUCUUAUACAAUGAAGAAUCCUCUCAAUGUCUCAUCCAUAUAUCUAGCCUCAAACCACUUAAGUGGUCAUCUUCCGUACAUAUCAUCAAAUGUGGUUGGCUUGGACCUCUCAAAUAAUUGGUUUUCUGGGUCCAUGACCUCCUUCAUGUGUCAAGGAAAAGUAAAACAUAUGAGGUUAAUAGACCUCAAUUUGGCGUCAAAUAAUUUGUCAGGUGAAAUACCAGAUUGUUGGGUGAUGUGGCCAAAUCUAAUGUUUGUCAAGUUUGACAACAACCAUUUGAGCGGGAACUUGCCUCAAUCUUUGGGGUCCUUACCUUGGCUUGGUUCAUUACGACUUCGCAAUAACACGCUCUUAGGGAAGUUUCCUAUUUGUUUGAAGAACAAUACUAGAUUGGUCUUCUUGGAUCUCAGUGAGAAUCAUUUAUCAGGAAUUAUUCCAUUGUGGGUUGGGCAUGUUUUCUUGAAUUUAAAGGUUUUUCUCCUUAGAUCAAACAACUUCAUUGGUAAGAUUCCCAAUCAAAUAUGUUCUUUGAAUUCUAUACAAAUCCUUGAUCUUGCUCAAAAUAACUUGACAAGACAAAUACCAAAAUGCAUCAACAACUUGACUGCCAUGCUGAUAAAGAACAAUAGCUUAGAAACGUACAUUUGGAGCCAAGUGAAUCGCUCUAGAUAUUCCAUAACUGAUGUCCUCCUUACUUUGAAAGGAAGGCAUGAUGACUAUACUUUUCCAGGCCUCAUCACAAGCAUUGAUUUUUCAGACAACAAAUUAUCUGGUGAGAUACCAUGCAAAAUGACAAGUCUUAUGGGGUUACAAUUUUUGAACUUGUCCAACAACCUUUUGCAUGGUGAAAUUCCUCAAAGUAUCGGCAACAUGGGAUCACUGGAGUCAAUGGAUUUCUCAAAAAAUAAACUCUCCGGCACCCAGUUGCAAACCUUUGAAGCAGAUAGUUUUGUUGGCAAUGAUCUAUGCGGUCCUCCACUACUCAACAAAUGCAUUGAUCUGGAUGACAUCCCUAACAAUGGCCACAAUGACAAAGAUACUCAUGGAAAUGGAAUCAAUUGGUUUUAUGUGAGUAUGUCAUUGGGAUUUGUUUCAGGAUUUUGGAUUGUUGUUGGUCCUUUGCUAUACAAUAGAUCCUGGAGGCUGGGGCUACAUGCAUGGCUUCAUUAUAGCGAUGCUUUAUCGUCGGUCAUCCCAACAAGAUCACAAGCUAACACCGGAUGUGAUGACUUCUUCAGCUCCCCAAUUGCUUUAAAUGUAUAUCGGCAUGGAUGGACGCUGUGGAUUAGGAAAAAGAAAUUCCUGAGUCAAAACAAGUGGUUCUGCAUCAUUAGAUACUGUGGAUCGGCAGUCCAAAUCUUUCCCUCCUCUGCCUGGAGUUUGCGAAGCCAUAGUUUUGAUCUCUGCUUUGUGGCUCGCGCUGCUCUUCACUGGAUCUAUUUAUUCUCACGAGAAAGGCGCUUGCAAAUGGUUCAAAUUGGAAUAGUGGGUUUUAAAAAGAAUUCACUUUUUGCCAGGUCUUUUGGAAAAACUCAGACAGAUAGAGAUGUGGUUCUUCAGGAUAUUGGUGUCUUUCUUCAGCUUUUUGAAAAAGUCUUUUACUUUAUUUGCCAUGCUGAUGUUUUCUUUUCCUUUUUCUUUUGGCCUGGUUAUUUAGAACUAAACUGUUAUGCCUUAUAA